AUGUCUUGGCAACCUUUAAACUUGCGUCAUGUGAAAAUUCAUCGAAUGAUUGAUCAAGGUAUAUUUGAUAUCUUUAUUGAACUCGGUUUAGAUCAAGUGCUGAAAUAUCUGAAGGGGAAUCCGAGGCAGCACGGAAGAAAAUGCAGUAAUGAUGACGAGAAAGAUACGAAGCAAAUCCGUGAGCGCAGGAAAUUUGGCAUCAUAGCAAAUCUGGGGUAUUCAAAAUAUGAACUAGGUGAAUUCAUUCUUGAAAUAAGACAAAAUGUAGUUAGAAGAGCUGUGAUAGACGCCGGAUUCUCCGUUAAGGACGAGGACGAUUUAUCGGACGCGUUUCUAGUGUGGACCGACAGCUUCCUUCCUUUUGAGAAGAUUAUGCGCCUUAAGCCUUACCAACGCAUCAAUCAUUUUCCGGGGAUGGUAGAAAUAUGUAGAAAAGACUUCUUGGCGAAGAACUUUAUUCGAAUGAAUCGAUUGGAGCCGACAGAGUACAGCUUUGUUCCAAAGACGUGGAUACUGCCACAAGAACAUGGUUUUCUGCUCAAUUACAUUGAAAAAGCAAUCAGUCAAGGGGAAAAACCGAAUUUCAUUAUGAAGCCAGCAAAUGGCGCUAUGGGACAUGGAAUCCGAAUGUUUCGAGCGGGAGAUAGCAUACCGACAGUUUCGUUGGAUGGGACACCUUGCGUUGUACAGGAGUACAUAAACAAUCCACUCCUAAUUGAUGGCUUCAAGUGUGACCUGCGUGUCUACGUUUUGCUCACAUCUUGUGAUCCGCUAAGAAUUUUCAUUUACAACGAAGGUCUGGUUCGGCUUGGAACAGAAAAAUACGUGUCUCCGUCGGAACCCAGCGGGGAGUCGGUGUAUAUGCAUUUGACAAACUAUGCAGUGAACAAGCGCAAUGCAGGUUACGACAAAAGUCCAGGUGAAACGGAUGGGAGUAAGCGGUCGUUCACAUUUCUGGACCAAUACCUUCGCCACACGUGCCGAAUAGACCCGAAUACGGUGUGGCGAAAUAUACGCGAUCUGAUUGUGAAGACGAUGGCCAUCGCAGCUCCACACUUGUUGCACUCCUAUAGAAUGUGUCGCCACGGUCGCCUUCCGGGACAACGGGCUUGUAGCGGAGAUCGACGCCCACUCCAGAUCAACUUUGGAUCGCCGCAGCUUCGAUGGCGCAAACUGAACAAUGGCCAUUUGAAAACCAAAUCCGAAAAGAGUCCAGAAGCCAAUCGUGACAAGUCUACGGGAUUUAUUCAAUCGAAUUUUUUCGAAAUCCUUGGUUUCGAUAUUUUGUUGGAUUCGGAAUUAAAGCCUUGGUUGAUUGAAGUGAACAGAUCCCCAAGUUUCAAUGGAGAUCAGGAGUUGGAUCGUAAAGUCAAACGGGGACUACUCAAAGACACCUUUCGGCUCCUAAAUAUUCGUCCAGUCGACAAAGAAAACAGCGAGAAGGAACAGAGGCAGCAUGUAUUCGGGCGACUGUACAAGAACAGUAUCUCAAUAUCUUCCAGCUUGUGCAAUUCUUCCAUCGACAGAACUCAGAGCAUUCGAAAAUCAAGGAACAGUUCAAAAUCAGGACAAGAUGGUCUCUCACCGAAAAAUCAAAAGAUCAACCAGGAGUUCGACAGACUGUGCGUUCAGUUGAUGAGCGUGCGCCGUCGGCUUGCACAAGAAUUUUUCGAGUAUCACAAUUGCGGCGACUGGUGUUUGAUCUUCCCCACAGAUGACCCGGUAUCUCAGAAGCGCUUCGCGUCCUUUAUUCUCACCAAUUUUGAAAUAUUUUACAAUGGAAAACUUGGUGAUCUACAGCGUGAACUUAAGGACACCUAUUUGAAGCCGGUCACCGAGGAGGAAAUUUUGGGCAAAUUAAACGAACUCAAACGAAGAAAGGACUUUGUACACCCUAACUUUUCGCUUGACCCGAAUGAAUGGGAUACGUUUCAAGUGGAUGACUAUCAGGUGACCAGUAGUGAUGAGAGUUCGGACGGCUGGGGAUCAUGUUCAAAUAUCACGCUCACAACAACCAGUUCAGUCACCAGAGCAGCCGACGAUUUGGCCAAGAGGUCGGUUUCGAGCAGUGGAUGUUGCGCGCACAGCACCCGGAAGACAUUGGUGGGAAACUCAGUGCAGCAUUUCGACCUCGCACAUCGCUAGCUAGCAAUGCAACGGAGGACAAUUUUGGUAGCAGAAAGAAACUUUCUCGCUUGGUCGAACGUUCUGGUUGUCGAGGGCACACGAUUACUUGGACUGGUAGAAAUAUGGAUAUAGCGCAAAAUACUCUAGUUAAAAGAAAAAUGUGUUUUGGAAAGGUGAAAUCUUUGCGCCAGAAUGCCGCUGAUAAGACGACAAAACCGGGAAACUGGCCAAACAUCAUUCGAUACAGACAUCCCUGUUCUUUUGGUUUCUUUCCACUGAUUCAAAAGCCUGACCAGAUGCUUAAAUUCGACGAAUUUCACGCAUGUUAUUCAUAAUUUCUCGCGUGAAUGUGAGCAAUGAAA